GGGUCUCUGUACAGAAUACUUACACAAUUCAAAAUGGCGGAAUCCUCAACUAGUUCUACCUCAGAUAUUGAGAACCAGGAUGAGACUGCUCGAGAAACCGGAACUAGGACGGAUACAUCCAAGUCUAAAUCCAACCCUGGAGCAAGCUCUCAAUCCAACCCUGGAGCAGGUUCUCAGUCCAAGGUUUCUCCUGGAGACUCCGGAGACAGAGAAGAUGGGAACCUCAGGUCAAGGUACCCGGAACCGGAAACACUGACGGGGAAUCAAAACCUUUCUCCGAACCCCGGAGAAGGAAAUGUGAAUCCAAACCUUCCAUAUAGAAACCAGAACAAUCCCUUUAUUCUCCCCCAGGAGCCCAACCUGCCCUACCUCCUCCAUAAGAACGUGCACGCGCUUGACCGACGCAUUCCUGAGAGCAGUGAGGAGACAAGACAUGAGGUUGAGAGUGUGGAGAGUAGAGGGAGUAAAGUUGAAAGCGAGGGGAGUAGGGGGAGUAGAAAGAGUGAUAUGGGAACCAGCACUGAUCUUUCGGCCCCAGAUGGCCCUGGAGACAAAACAAUAUAUGCUCGAGUAAACAAACCUGCUCCGAAAGCAAACAGUGUCGUUGCUCCUCUAGCAAACUCCGGAGGUGUUCCCAUGGGAGCAAAUGCUCCUAGAAGAGGAGUUGUAGCACAAGAUCCAUACAGAGCUCAGAGAAAAGUACCAUUAAGAAGGGAGUCCCUGAUGCCAGACCCUAGCUCUGAGACAAGGGAUGAGCAGGAGAGUAUCCGAACCCUAGAUGAACUAUAUUCGCACUGUGAGCAACUCGUGGAAACAUUAUCACAGGCGAGUGAGGAAUACCGAGUACAGUGCCAAAACUCUGAAUCCCGUGAUUCUCUUCAGUACCUGACAAUACACGAUCCUGAACCCGACCCAGAGUACCCCGAACCAGACCUCGAGUACCCUGAGUAUCCUGAACCCGACCCUGCUAUAGAUGAUAUUGAGGUGUAUGAAGUAUCUGAAGGAAGUGAGGGAUCUAUAGAGGUAGUAGAUAGAUCCUGCCAGGUUUCAGAGGAGGAGAUCAUUGCAAACCUCUCCGAGCUAAACCAUCCCAAGGGAUCCGUCUUCUAUCCCGGAGCUUUGGAGAACCUGAACGAGCAGAGCGAGGAUGAGAUGAGGGACGAGGAGAUGGAGCAGGAGGUUCCCCGAAUGAAUGCGAUGUAUGGUGGGAUGGAUAUCCUUGAACUGCAGGGGGUAUGUGAGGAUGUCGGUGGAUCAAAUCAUGAAGAAUUUUUUAAUAAAAAGUUUGAUCAGCUCGCUAAACUCCACCAACUUUACCAGAGUGUAUCCUCAAUAAGUGCCAAAUGCCAAUCUAGGUUAGAGAACGAUAAGUGGAGAGAACAAAGCCUAGAAAGGAGACGGACGAGUACCUCGCUCUCAGCUCUUCUAACAGACAAUUCAUCCCACUCCUCCGUAUCUGAUGAUUUACACAGUCUUUGCUCUGAACCUGCCUGGCUAAGCUGUAGCCCCUAUGUAGAUAUUAAUAAGAACUCAACACUAUCUCUCAAUAUCCUUGAUCUCUGUAGUUUCUCCGGGGUAAAGAAUACCCUGACCCUGUCCUCCUUACCUGGGGGAGAGGGGGAGGAGAGUAUAAUGGAACUUAAUAUUGAGUCUAGAGAUCUACAAGAAAGGUGCGAUUCUCCAAUACUGGAAGGAAUAGACUCUGAGUUAGCUAAGUAUGCAAAACUCCGGGAUCUGGAGCAGGCCUAUAAUCCAGUGAACCAGGAUUUAUGUGAUAUUACGGAUCGAUUAUCCUCACUCCGCCACCCGGACGGAUCAAGUAACCCGGACUUGAACCAACAAGCGGAUCCUGUGCCUAAACCACAACCCGGAGUUGCAAACCAUUCUCCCCCUAAUUCCAACCCUGCAUUGUGUAAACCCAACCCCGGAGAAGCCAACCCAUCUCCCCCAGGACCUGGAUCAAGGUUUGAACGGACCGAGAAUCGAAGAAUGGAUUUAAAUUCUGUGACCAUUGAAAAGCCAGGUUUUCCAUGGAUUGGCUCCUUAGCGGAAAGGUCUCCAGGGAAUGGUAGGUCCAGCUCGGGAUCGGAUAUGGAGGAAACUCCGAUAUCUCGAACCCCAGAGAACCAAAGAAGCGUGGAGGUUAAUCAAUUACCUGUGAACACAGUGUCUGAUGUUUGUAAAAAGUCUGAAGAAAAGGGAUUUACUGCGGAAACCCCGGUUAAGCCUGUGAAGGACCUUGUCAAACCAGAGGAAAAAGUUAAAGUUCCCAAGUUUAGUAGAUUAUUCGGGAGUACAAGAAAAAUAUCCCGGAGUCCCAGCCAACCAAAUAAAUCUAAUGAAGACAAAGUGAGAUCUAAGACAAGUAAACAUAAACUUAAAACUCCGUGUAACAUCAACCCCCCAGAAACUUCCAACAAAAAGUCCAAAAGUCCAUUAAUCAUAAUAAAAUGUAGUGACGGAAGUUUAAAGAAACCCAAAGUGAACCCAUGUAAGGAGUCAAAAAACGUGAAAGGCACCCUUUCCUCCGAGCCCUCUUCUGAAAAGAAAAAAUCUCGAGGACUAUUUAAGGGAAUGAAGAAGACUAAAAAUCAAGGAGUGAAUCUAGUCAAACUACCUGGAGCAGGAACUAAACCUAACUCCGAACCUGGAAGUGAACUGAGCGGAUACGACUCAGGUAUAGACGUAACCCCUCGAGUACGGGGAAAGGGUGCCAAUCUUCAGAAUAUAGAGUUCACUCAGAAACUCUCUCGUGCUAAUUGUCGGAGUUCUGGGUACGAAAGCAUAGGACUAGAGAGUGAAAGAGAGAGUUUGCAUUCAUAUCAAGGAACUUUAAACCAUACCUAUGAAACCCUGAGCCCUAAAAGAACGGCUUCUCCUCUACCAAUCCUGGAGUAUGACAAAACCUUUGUUUCCCGUCUUGACUCCCUCUGGAGGUUUCAGGAGAUAAAGAGAUUACAAAAACAGCAGGAACAGCUCAAGGUUGAAUUAUCUUCUGCUAAGGAACGGAUAAAUGUUGAUCAAAAACGCUGGAGCUAUGAUCUACAUACUCAGGAGUCAGGAUUAGAUCAAACCGACCCAACCUUCCUUGAAGCCUUUCAGAGAGAGACUGAGAUCCUGGGUAAAAGGGUUGCAGCAUGUCAGGCUCAUGUUGUUCUAACAACAUGCUUUGAUCAUGUAGUUAGUGAGGAUCAUAUGAUUGGUUGUACAUCAGAUUGUGUUCCAUCCUGGGUAUACAGGGAUACAAAGAACAGUUCAGAUAUGUAAGAACACACUUUUUUCCAGGUCCUACAGACACGUUCUCCGACACGUUCUCCUGGCCCUAGUUAACCACUGGUAUCCUGGUACUAGUUUCAAACUGUUCUCAUGGUCCUAGUUAACCACUGUUCUCCAGGUCCUAGUUUAACACUGUUCUCCAGGUCUUAGUUUAAUACUGUUCUCCCGGCCCUAGUUUAACACUGUUCUCCAGGUCUCAGUUUAACACUGUUCGACAAGUACUGCGUGUUCCAUGUGAAUUUCUACAAUGUUGUGAAAUCUUGAAUAAUUGUUAAUCCUCACGCCUUGUGAAAUAUUUAAUGUCUUUAUACACGAUAACCCCCCCUUCCCCUCUCUUCCUAUUUUAAACACUGAGCAAAAGGACUACCCCCCCCCCCCAUUAGAAAUAACCCUACCCUUUUA